GGAGAGUCACCCCAGAACAGCUUCACUCGUAUAUCCAGCUCUUCAAAAAGAAAUUUGACGCUCUUGAAAACCACUGCGGGCUUUUGCAGAUCGCACUGGCUGUGGUGCAGACUCUAAAAGACCCCCAGAAUGCCAAAUGGGACAACUUUCUAGCCUUUGAACGGCUGUUUGUGCAGAAUAUUGGUGAGUCAACAUUAUUUAAUGCACUGAAGCAGCUGCUGCCUAUCAUCAAGUCUUACACUAAUAGGACAGCUGAUGAUUACACUCCCGAAGAGUUACUUCUAUUAUUGGUGUAUAUUUACUCCAUAGUGGGAGAAGUCAAAACUGGGAAAGAAUUAAAUGAGGCUGAAAGUCAAGUGAAGGAGGCCUUUGUCCAAGCUAUUUGCGACGAACCUGAGCUACCCCCUUUGCUGCAGAAAAUAGUAG